ACAAAUGUUGAGUCAGUUUAUCAGUGACAGUGGCAAGAGCUUCUCACUUUUGUUUUAAUUACGAAUCAGUUAACAUUGAGCGCGUGCCGUAUAAAACUCCACCAGUUUUUCUUCUGACUACUAGUUGUUAUCAGACAGUAGUGGUUGUCGGUUGGGGGAAAAAUUGUGCUCAUAAAUACUUCUAUUUUAGAGACCAAAAAACAAUAAAAAAUUGAAUUUUUUGAAAAAAAAUAUGAGAUAACACAAUUUGGUGUGGUUUUACAAAACCAAGUGAUCUUCACAUUAUAAAAGUGAAAUUGAAUAUUGUGUAAUUUAUAGUUGAUUUUUUUACUUGUGAAUACAAUUUGUGUUCUACUAUUACAAAUGUUUCUAAAAUAUUCUCUACAGUCGUGAUAUAUCAAUAUUUCACGAACAGCUAUUGUAAAAAUACUUUAAGUGAUAUUGUGAUAAUAAAUAUUCGAUCUAGAAAGAUCGAAUAUUGCCGUGGACAACGACAGGAAGUUUUGCUGAGAAUUUUGUUAAAAACUGGCCUUUGAGAUGCAGUCCACAGAUCCAGGAGGGGCCAGCGUCAACCAACAGUCUGCAAACGCUCUGCCACAUCCACAAUCAACGGCUCCGGCCGGGGGUGGUGGAGGUGGCGGAAGCGGUCCUGGUGGCAGCAAUGGAGGACUCUUUGGGACAGCAAAAUCAUGGGUGGAUCGCUGGCGUGGCUCGAGGCGUCUCGUCCUCAUCAUUGUGGCGAUUGCACUCCUCCUCGACAAUAUGCUUCUCACCACAGUCGUUCCCAUCAUACCGGAAUUCCUCUAUGACAUCCGACACCCGGACGCACCUCUGGCUAGCCUGCCCAAACAUCCACCACCAACCACCCCAGCACCACCAUGCGGACAGACCACGACGCCAUGGGACGGGAUUCAAGAAACAACACCCGGCUUCGACAAUGCCAGCUUUUACGAGGCAUUGGAGGAGCGACAUAGGGAACUUGUUGGAGAAACCGUCGAAGUUGGUCUCAUGUUUGCGUCUAAGGCUUUCGUACAACUCCUUGCCAAUCCCUUUGUUGGACCACUAACACACAAGAUAGGCUACAGUAUACCGAUGUUUGCAGGAUUUGUGAUUAUGUUUAUCUCAACCAUAAUUUUCGCCUUUGGACGAUCGUACAGUGUUUUGUUUCUGGCACGAGCCCUUCAGGGCAUUGGGUCGUCAUGUUCAUCAGUGUCGGGCAUGGGAAUGCUGGCGGAGAGGUACACAAAUGACAAAGAGCGCGGAAAUGCAAUGGGUAUUGCUCUGGGUGGUCUGGCGUUGGGUGUAUUGAUUGGGCCGCCCUUUGGCGGUGUGAUGUAUGAAUUUGUGGGCAAAUCUGCACCCUUCAUCAUCCUGGCAGCUCUUGCCCUUGGCGAUGGUGUCCUUCAGCUACUCAUGCUGCAGCCCUCAGUUGUGCACACAGAAUCCGAUCCACCCUCCCUCAAAGCCCUUGUCUGCGAUCCUUAUAUCAUCAUUGCUGCUGGUGCUAUCACCUUUGCCAACAUGGGUAUUGCCAUGCUGGAGCCGUCUCUACCCAUCUGGAUGAUGGACAAUAUGGGUGCCAGUAAGUGGGAGCAGGGUGUUACGUUCUUGCCAGCCUCCAUCAGUUACCUCAUUGGCACUAAUGUCUUUGGGCCACUAGGACACAAAAUCGGACGGUGGCGUGCAGCUCUUCUUGGUCUUAUGAUCAUUGGGCUGUGUCUACUAUGUAUUCCUAUGGCUACUUCUAUCAAUCAUCUAAUCCUGCCAAAUGCCGGUCUUGGCUUCGCCAUUGGCAUGGUGGAUUCGUGUAUGAUGCCAGAGCUGGGAUACUUGGUGGACAUCCGACAUGCAGCCGUUUACGGGAGUGUCUAUGCACUGGGUGAUGUAGCUUUCUGUGUAGGAUUCGCCGUUGGACCGGCUCUCAGUGGGACCCUGGUGAAUACCAUUGGCUUCGAAUGGAUGCUGGUUGGGAUGGCAGUGAUCUGCUUUGCCUACGCACCUCUUCUCACAUUCCUGAGGGCACCGCCGACGCGUGAGGAGAAAAAGGUAGGAAUUGACAAUCCUGGUAUUGUGUCAGACGGCGGCACGACUGGAGGAUCUGAUGGUAUUGUGGUGGUGGCUAGUGCCCCACCAGGUGCCGCCGUCGAAAAUGCCGUGACCAAACUCUAGACUGCUUUCGUCCUUAUCUCUAUGGAUUGUCCUCGUAUAAGAAAAAAAUAAGUCCAUUGUGUUCUGCCACGUAUGCUGUCUUCUUCGCCUUUCACUUCCCCUAUCUCUAUCACCAUCUUCCUUCUUAUCAUCAAAAAAAAGUCCCCUCAUUUGUGCUUAGCUAAAUGUAUUUUUCAAUAAAGAACUUAGAUGUAUUAUCGAAUUUAUUCUGUAAUCAAUUUAAUUUUUUUGAGAAUAUUUUCUUGUAUUCUUUUUAUGUUUUGCAAGAAUUUUUUUUUGUGAAGAUUUGCUAGAAAUUAAAAUGUGAAAUGAUAGUCCUAGGUGAGAGAUGUAAAGUGAUAUUUUAGAGAAAUAUUUCAUGAAAGAAAUUCACAUGACAAUAGUUUUUAUUCCAAUCAAGUUCAAAUACAUCAUUCUUUAUUACAUUUGUUUUCUGUUUCGCUCAAGCUUAUGACAAUUUACCUCUUUUGUAAAUAUUUAUAGAAUUUAAUAAGUAUUAGGGAGGAUUGUUCAGAAUCUUCCCUGUUAAAUAAUUAGUUUUUUUCUGUAAAUAGUGAGAUGUUCUCGCUUAUACUGUCUACCCCCCAUCUAUUUAGAAUAUUUGUUUUCUUUAAUUUUACCAUCACCAAAAUGUCAUGAAAUAUUUCUGAAAUGUUGAGGUUUAAAGGUGCUACUUCGGACUAAAAUUACUUUGUGCAUUUUUUAUUCUUCGGUAUCAUUUUUAAAAAAAAUAUUCUUUAAUGAAGUUUCAUUUUCGAACUUUAAAAUGAAAUGUUGAAAAGAAAAUACAUAGAGGCUACCAUUUAGUUCUAGGGCAGUAAAAAUAGAAAAAAAUAUUUAAAACCAAAAAAUAAAAGAAUACUCAUGGGCUUUUUGAUAAUUGUUUAUGGAUUUACCUCUUUUGCCAAUAUUUUACGAUCUGCCAAUUUCAUUAAUGUAAAAAAUUUUAAACUAACAUUGAUUGGAAAAGAAUAAAAUCUGGAAUAGGGGGGAGUCGGGAACCUUCGAAUUGACACAGCUUUGAAAAAGGUUUUUCAGCUAUUUUUAACAUUAUUAUUAUAUAAUUUAGCUCAGCAAACAAAUUACGAAGUUAAAUUAUGCCAAGCGCACAAUAACUUUUGUUUGUAAAUAUGUUUUCAAAAUUGCCUGUUAGAGUGAGCGAGAUAACUAGAUCUAGGUUUCAUUCACUCUCAUUGAAAUAUUAAAAACAUGUUUACAAAACAAAUAUUAUUGUGCGCUAGGCAUUAUAUUAAAAUGAGUCUCAAUUCUAUUUAAAAAAUAAUAGGAAAAAGCUCAAUUUCAAAACUGCCCCACUUCAAAGGUGUCCCAUUUCCCCAAAUUUUUAUUAAAACUCUCCUGAAGGAAAAUAAGAGCUUAUUUGGUUAAGAAUUUUCACUUCUUGAAGUAUCCUAAAAUGCUACAAUUUUGGCGAAAAGGGGUAGAUCGUUUAGGGUUUUACGGUCUUGAAUGAUCGUAAACGAUUCUAGACAAAAGAUUAAUUAAACCAAGAGGUAACUCAUAUUGAGAAACCCUCGUCAAUUGUCCGAGAAACGCUUCGCGAAACCGGAGAAACCCAAUUUCUGCAUCGCAAAACCCGAAAAACCCAAUUUCUGCAUCGCGAAACCCGAGAAACCCAAUUUCUGCAUCGCGAAACUCGAGAAACCCAAUUUCUGCAUCGAGAAACCCAAUUUCUGCAUCGCGUAACCCGAGAAACCCAAUUUCUGCAUCGCGAAACCCGAGAAAAAAGAAACCCUUGUCAGAAAAAAUGGAAAUGAGUUACCUCUUGAAUUAAACGUUUUUGGUCCAAUUUUAAACUAUUUUUUGAAUAAAAUAUGAAUUGUCACUGACCAUUUAAAAACUUUUACUGCCAUUUUUAAAUUUCAUAAUCGUCAAAAGUAAUUUAACUCUGACUAAAUGUGUUUUUUGCUGAAAUAAUUGAAAUCGAUUCAAAUCAGCUGACAAUCAGUAAAUGAUAAAAUGAUGUGAAAGUACUUUUGAGAGACAGCAUCUAAGUUACAAGUUCGAACAUUUCGCAAAGCAUUUUUAUAUUUGAAAAAAAAACUUUAAAGACAAAACCGCAAGAAAACAUUAAGUAAACUAUUAUGAGGAACAAAAUUGAGUCGAUAAUCGAAAAUAAUAAAUCACAAUGAAGUCGUAAAGAAAUUUUCUCCUGAGUAG